AUGGCAGGUUGGUACCGCCGUUUUAUUGACAAUUUCGCCGCGAUUACAAACCCAAUAACCAAUUUACUAAAGAAAGGUAAACAUUUUUCGUGGAAUGAAGAAGCACAAAAAUCGUUUGAUCAACUGAAACAAAUGCUAUGUUCUGCUCCAGUUCUAGCCAGUCCAAAUUACGAGAAACCCUUUACAAUUCAAUGUGACGCCAGUAAGCUCGGUGUUGGUGCAGUGUUAUCAAAAAACAAUGACGAUGAUGUAGAAGUACCGAUUGCUUACUUUUCUCAAAAAUUAAGUAAGGCUCAAAGUAACCACAGCGUCACCGAACUAGAGUGCCCUGCUGCUAUCCUUAAUUUAAAAAAGUUUAGAGCUAAUGUGGAGGGGCAAGACUUCACUAUCACAACCGAUCACGCCAGUUUACAAUGGCUCAUGCGUCAAAUCGAUUUAUCAAGCAGACUAGCUCGGUGGUCACUUAAACUACAAGGAUGUGGGUUUAAAAUCGAACACCGAAAAGGUUCACUAAAUGUUGUGCCAGACAGUCUGUCCCUUCAGAAUUUUGAUGAAAUUAAUGAGUUAGAAGUCCAUCCGCUUGUUGAUCUGAAUUCGUCCGAUUUUUUAGCUGAUGAAUAUAAAAAUUUAAUAAAUAAUAUUCGAAAUAAUGAAAGCCGCCUACCCGAUCUUCAAAUCGUUGAUGGUCAUGUUUACAAACGGACCGAACAUCCAGAUGGAAAGCCAGCACGUGAAGCAUUCAAUUGGAAGUUGUGGAUACCAAAAACUUUAGUUUGGCAAGCAACAGAACAUGCCCAUUGCCCGCCAAAUAAAUGUCAUGAAGGCAUGGCAAAAACUUUAGAGCGAUUACGGUUGAAUCUUUAUUGGCCUAAUAUGACUGUGGACGUAAAAGAAUUUGUUGGUCAAUGCGACAUUUGUCAACAAAGCAAAGCGCCUAAUGUUACUUUACGACCACCGAUUGCCGUGCCAAAUGUAAUAGCAGCAAAUUCACACAAUACUGGUGCGCGUACUAGGGCUAGAGCUUUUCAAUCAGACAAUCCUAUUAGAGACUUAGAAUUGCCUGCUGUAGAACGUAAUGAAGAACAUGACUCUGAUGGUGAAGCAAGCUUACCUGUUCCCAAUACACAAGAUGGCAAUACCAGCUCCAAUGAGGAAGACAACCGAACACCAGCAUUAGAAAUAGGGAUUUUUCCGACGACUUAUUCCUAUUACAACACAAUUCUGGAUGCCGAGCUCCCGUUGGUGCAGGCCUCAAGACGCACAAUUAUAAAUAAAAUCAUAGGUCCUGAUAACUAUAUACAUUUUUUGCAACCAUCUGAGGAAGCGAAUCCUGCACACGAAACUAACACAUAUUAUAGCAAAUUAAGAUUUACAAAUAAACUGCAUAACGGUGGUGACGAAAGGAUUGUUACAACCACUAAUAUGCUCACACAGGUGAUCGUGACGGAGUCCCUACCAUCACGUAGCACAACGCUGCUUACAAUAAGGAAAGAACCCUUGGAAGCUAAUAGCUCACUAAAUAUCACAAAAACUGUCCAAGCAUGGUCACUAAAAUCAACACCAAAUUCAUUGAACACAGAGUACGAUGUUCAUAUAUAUACAACCAAAACUUUUAUAACUACAUUUACGUAUUUUAAAACAUCGUUGUUAAGUGCGAGUGACGAUGAAGAUUUCACUACCACGCAUAGCAUUUCGCUUCCGAAAAACUUAACAAUAACCGGGUUAAGCGGACUUGCCCCGACCACUGUAAUUAACUACCACACUCGUGUCAUUGAGAAUGUCAUUACCGAAAUGGUGCCAAGCUCGUUAAUAAAUAAUGAUUUGGUCUCGAAAUUUCGUGCCGAAUUAAAGAAAGGUGAAAAUGAACAGCGUGUCAUUAUAACAACGGUAUCAUUGUUGGGCGGGCAAAAAUUGGAAAUAACAGCGGUUACUGUGUUCAAAUCGGCAUUGAAGACUGCCUUGUCGAACAAUCAAACAAUUUCGGCACCAGCAUAUGUAACAAUCAGCCCAACAAUUGCUUUUACAACUCCAAAUCAAAAAAUAACAAAAUUAAAAAAAUCAAAUCAUAAUACUGUGAGUACAGCUACAAUAAAAAGAACAAAAAUAUCAGUCCCAACGGCCACGUUGAAAACAUAUAACACUCAAAUUGUUAAAGCUUCGCUGUCAAUUGACGGCAAAGGCGUAUUAGCUGAUGAAACUGACGGCAAUAAUGUCGGGGAAAAGAAUGGAGGAGAUUCAUUACCCACGAACUCCAAAAAUAGUGCGAUCUAUGUGAAUAAAUCACCAACGUUGAAGAAGCCACAAAAAGGGCAACAAAUAGAAAGCGAUAACAAAAACCGUUUCCCUGUUGCGGUUAACCAAUUAAUAGGGUCGCUGAACUUCCAACGUUUGACUGCUUUGAAGCCAGUCUUUAACGCAAUGGCCGGACUACUACAAACUAAAUUUGCUUCUGCACUAAAUCCAAAGAAUGUAAGCAGUCAUAAUCAACAGAAAGAGCAACUGCAACAAAGUGCCACUUCGCCGCUACGGGGAGCGUCUUUUGAUACAGAAAUCGCCACAGACGGCAUGAGCCUUGCUAAAUUAGACAACAGCGCAGAUUACGAAAAUAGGCAACAGAUCGAGAGCAGUACAAUGAAACAACAGGAAAAACCCAUUUAUAUACCUAUCAAAGAUGCUAAUUUUCCAGUGGAUAACCGGAGACAACAAUUGAUAAUAAGAGCUGUAGAUUACGCUGCCGAGCUGUUAGAUACAGGUAGUGCGCAAAGUCUACAUAUACAACCGCCCAAGGCAGAUGUCACAAUUUCCGAUGACGAAAAUAGCUGGCUGCUACAACGCACAGCCAAUGAUAGUUUACCACAGCAAUUGACAAUUCGGCAAGCGUCGCCAGACUAUGCGAGUCAGACACAGCCCAAAAUUCUAAACCAAAAGCUGCAUGGUGAAUCUAUACCAGCUGGUUUCGAGAUGUCUUUAAUAAAUGGCGGCAUACCGAUUAGACCGGGUGAAGUUAUCACAGCUAACUCAGACGUUAUCAUUGGCACGCCAAAUGGAAUACAAUUCCCGCGCAUGCCGGUACCUAAAAGAAACAUUUUAACUCCCUCGAAUCCUAUACAAACUAAUCAAAAUACACCUCCUGCGAAUCCGCUGCAACAACAAUCAGAAGCAUACAGAGACAAAUCGCCGAUCAACACUCAAAUGAGCUCCUCGUUUCCUCAUAGAAAUACGUACCUUUAUUCACACUCUCAACAUCGUCAGCACAAUCAACAAAACCAAAAUCAUGCUCAUAAAAUUAAAAACUUGCUAAAAGAAAAUUAUGACAGUAUUUUAAGACCACCGCCAGUGGGUUUACUUAAAUUAUCUGGUCAAACAGUGGCACCACUAUCGCCACCACCCUUACCGUCACCAACUUCGACUAACUCAUAUACUACACUGGGCACACUCUCACCGCCAGCACUGACAACAUCACCAUCCCUAAUAACUCAAUAUUCAUCUCAAACACCUGCAUUAGUUGAAACUACAAAUCAGGUGAACGCAUUCACAUAUGAGAACCAAAAUAAUAAAACUGUAACAAGCACUCAUAAACCCAAAAUUAAUUUUGUCGCAAACUAUAGCAAAACCAGUCUGUUUGGUGAGAAAAUAAUUGGGGAAAAUAGGCCACCAAACUUAUAUGAUGUUAUGUUGUACACUCCUCAACAAUCAGCCGAUUUUUAUCAAAAAUUUUGGAACACAACACAACAGGAAAACAAUGGUAACACAUUACUUGGUCAGCCAAAUGUUGCACAACAUCAUCAAGAUCGCAUUUCAACACCAGAAUUUUCGUCUAAUUCAUAUUUCACGUUAAGUGCUAACUACGACAUGAUACGUGGUGUUGCGCCACCCCUGCCAGAGCCUAAUCCCAUUGGUUCCCCUUCUAAUCAUCAGAAUAUCAACCUGCAUAAUCAUGUAUUUAGUCAUAACGUUAAUAUGCAUGCACCACCAUUGACAUUUAAGAAGGAAACGGACCAUCCGACGCACGCUUCGGCCGUGCAUGGCCAAAUACCAGGCAAUGUGGGCGGUACAACGCAACAUUUAUCAUUUACCAUUGCGAACAUGCCACAUAUAAAAAUUCCACACAAUGAAAAGCAGGUGCAGAUCAGUUUAACUCCCCAAAAUAUCAUUGGGCAAAUAACUAAACCCAACACGCGUACAAAACACUUCGCCAGUACUUCCGUGGAGACCCCACCAAUAACGUACAGCGGUGGAAAUACGGCAAGCAGCACAGUAAUAGGUUCGUUUACGCUUGAUGGUAACUUAAACGAAUUAUUGAAGACCCAACAGAGUCCAUUAAAAUCCAAUGUCCCUUCACCAAGAAUAGCGCUAAAGCUGCAACAAAAAAACUAUGCACAGCCGUACGUUAAGGCGCAUAGUAAUAGGGUCAACGUCAGAGAUGACGUUGAAGAUGUGAGUGGUUUUCAUCGAGCGAUUAUACCAGCGUCAUCAGCAAUAGUAACGUCUUCGGUGCAAAAUAUAUACAGAAAUUACAAGCCAGCCACGCCGGUGCAGUUGACGAAUGGUUUACCAUGGCCGUCACUAGUUUCAACGCAUAUGAACAGUGAUUGGCCGCCAUAUAAACUGCAAGCGUCUCAGUAUACUUCAAAUUCAAGUGCGUUCUCGAUUCCGUCUUCCAAAAUAAUAAAGGACAACGGUGCGAAGAAUGCGAACCCAAUUGUUGGUGACAACAAUACACCAGUAAUAUAUUAUGAUCAAGAUAAUACCAUCAACGAAGCUGUAAGUUUAUCCAAUUCGAAUGAGUAUGAAAAUGAGAAUGUAGUAGCGGUUGCAUUUGCGAAUGAUGACAGUGAUAUCAUCAAGCCGAAUGAUGUACAUAAUGUGAAUGGCACUAAUAGUAAUGCGGUUGAUUUGCGUGUCGAUCCAAAUACGGAAUCUGCGACUAACAUUUUGCAAAGACAAUUCAAAACAAAGCAACAACAACUGAAGAACUUAUCUCGCUUGCAUGAUACAACUGAACACAACAACAACAAUAAAUAUGUUACGCCAGCCCAAAAAUGGCAAGAAAAUAAUAUUCAUCAACAGUCUUUGUAUCCAUUUUUGUUGCCUAACUCUACGAUAGAAAUGAACGACUUAUAUUCCUUGCAGCCGACUACAUAUUAUGUCACUAGCGGUACCAAGGAAAGCUCCUUCAUUACUUCGCCAACAACCACACAGACAAAUGUGAGGCACAAGUUAAAGAGUCGUCCACUGCAUUCGCCGUUGUUGUUUCGAGGUGUGCCCUUCAGAGUGGAAAAUUCCCCUACAUUGGAAAAACAAGUGAAGCAGCAAACAACGACGCAGUCAGUUUACAUUGCAAAAGGCGAAGGCUUUAAGCGACCUGGAGUUGGAGCAGAAGAAGCUUUGUUUUCCUUAGAGGACGAAUUCAGCUACAACCCAGCACGAACAUCAUUUAUUGUUAAUGAUAAGAAACAUAUACAUCUCGAAACAACCAUGCCACCAGAAAUGAAUAAUAAUUAUGACAACAUUGCAUCAAUGCUGCAGACGACAUCUGCGCCAGUACCGGCCAAAUUUAUUACACUUCAACGUCUAUCUUCCCUAAGCAGCAGUGCGACACAAUUUUUAACCAUUGCUUCAACAUCUAAAAUUGCAAACUUAAAUACAAUAACGGUCGAAAGCAUUCAAUCGGCAGAAACAUCUACUUACAAGCCUAAGCAGCUUUUCAGCGAACAUAACUUUGAUAUCACAGCAGCUUCUGAGAAUAGCAAUGUGUACCGUAAACAUAUAUCGCGUGUGAACCAGUCUAUUUUGCAUCACAGUAAUAUACGGUCACAGCUUACUACCGCAGCGAGUAUGGAACAGCAAAUUUCAAGUAGUCUCAGAAUUACACCUGCUCUUGGCCAUAAACAGCUUAAUGUUAAAAGCGUGGUUGGCUUGAAUCCACCGCCACAGAAGCAGCCACCGCACGCUGUACUACUUGCGCCCAUAAAACUUGAACCACUAUACACAAGUGACAGUAGUAAUAAUAACACACAUGUUUACAACACCAUCAGCUUUAAAACAAUGUGGCAGGCACCUUUACAAACGCUGUCAGAAACAAAUGGACACGAAAUCAGCUCCAUACCCCGCUCUACAGACCGCAGGCCUCUCCAACAGCCAAAGCCUAUACAAAUGACUUAUACAUUACGUAAUACCACAAUGCUCCUCGGAAUUAUUCCAAAGUCUGCCGUGACAAUAAUUACAGGAGAUUCCAAAUAUUACGAAGAUAAACUUACUAAUAUAUCGACUAAUAUCCGAAACAGUUCUGUUUGGGAUAUAAGUACGUCUGCCAUCUCAUCAAUCAUAAGUAUUACAGAAAAAAUAGUUACCUCAAGCUCAAAUCAAGAGUUUACGAAGUACGCAAAUGCAAAUACAGAUAAAAUACCCUAUAAUGAAAUUGUCAAAUCUUCACAACUGCAAUAUAAGGAGAAAAUCGCUACGUAUAUUGAGCAAGAACCACAGCAAAAUGAAAAUAUCGCCACGGUAAACGGUCAACAUUUAAAGUUAAAUCUCAAACCUCUUCUAGAGUCAUCCGAGUCAACAUCUGUGGAAACAACUAACACUAUGACUUCAGUAUCAUUGUCGCAUACAAUGCACUUACCUCAGGAUAGUAGUGCAAAUCAACUAAACCAUGUAAGCUUAAAAAAAGUUUCAAAUCAGUACAAAAAGCAGCAAAUACCUACGAAAUACAUUACAAGAACGGAAUUUUUAACUGUCACAACCACCCGCAAUACAGUAAUACUAACAAGUGCUAAUGAACGACUACAAAGUAAACUUUUCAUGGUAACUAGAUCAAAGACGGCAACCUUGGUCAAUUCAAUAACGCACACUGAAUGGACGACUGAAACAGAAACGGAUACGACAAUAGCAAUUGCGACAAAAACUCACACACGUACACUUGUCCAACCUACAAAGUUAAUUGAGUCAUAUAUCAUAUUAGCGCCAACAACGAUUACGAAAAUUGAAACUGAAAUAAUAGCACCUGGAAAUGGUUUAAUAGGCGAAAUGGGCAGCACAGCAAUAAAGGCGGAAGGCACAGAAAGCAAUACAAAUAUACCUUAUAUAAUUAACCAUAAUCAUAAACCCAGUGAAUUUAAGAAGCCACAGCUCAAUCAUGAACACUUUGCUUACGAUGUCAAUAGCAGCAUUAAGUAUAAUAAAAGCAACAAUAACAUGUAUAAUGAGGAUAUAUCAAUUAUAGCACAAGCAAUAGUUAAAAAUGAUACCUCCGUCGAUACGACCAGAAUAAUUCCCUUGGAAUAUGGUAAUAAGAUUGCCGUAUCAAAUGAGAGUAUUUCAAAUACAACUUUACCGGCAAUUAAUGCAGACAAAAUUACACCGAAUAACAGCAUUUUCAUUGUGCUGACAAACUCUCAAAAGGGCGGUAAACCUAAGCCACCAAAUGAUAUUGCUGAUGAUCUAAUUGGCGGAAGUGGCAACGGUGUUGAUACGAACCCCGCAACAAUAAAAUUAGAUUAUGAUGAUGGCUGGUCUGUCUUUAAUUUGCCAGCACGCGUUGAAGAGUCAAUUUCGCUGGACCACGGUUCACGUAAAAUCAAAAACCAAGUGCUGCUUGGUGGCGUUCUCAUAGCCACCCCUCCCAAACUUUUAUAUGACUACAGCGACACCGACGCAGGCACAGGUGCCGAUGGUACCGUUACAACAUGUCAACCUUCAUGCAAAAUGACGCGCAAUGAAGUGUGUUCACUGACGGAUCUACAGUGGCGUUGUGUAUGCCGGCCAGGCUUUGCGCGAAUGUUUCCUGAUCGUUCAUGUAAACCUACCUACACAUAUACGAUGCACAUCCAGACAGAUCGUAUUGGCAACUACAAGCUACUUUACGAUAGCACUUUGGACGACAAUUCGACGAAUCAUUAUAAACAGUUGGCAACAUUUGCGAAGGAGGCUAUCGAUCGUAUGGUGAUGCAAUCCGAUUUCCGUGAUAUCUAUCAUGGCGUGAAACUUACGAAAUUCAUACCAAUAGAAGAAAACUACUUUCCUAAAGACAAUACAAAAUAUAAUCAACAGGGUAUAUCAGCCAAUUUCCUAUUACAGGGAGUGGUUGGUUACAUUGGUUACGUAGAAUUUACUAAGGGAUAUCGACUUUACAGUCGCGAAACAAAUCAAAUAAAUAUUGCUAGAGAUGUGAUUUUCUUCGAGAAUAAAGAUGAAGCGUGGAAAACGGCUGAAAAGCAAAACGACGACAACUGUUCAGUAUUCGAAAUGAUCUUGCCAGGAAUAAAUACAAUUGUCCGAAAAUCGUCACCUAACUCUGCAACCACGGAAUUUAAACCGGCUGAGAUCAUCGUUGAAGAAUCUGCAGAGGAUGUCGCGGAAUCCUCUACAGACGAGGAGAGUGAUUUAGACUUCGAAGAUGCUGAAGAUGGAAAUGAAAAGGUAAUAGUCCUACGCAGUCGAAGGAUUGUUUCCAAAAUCCAGUCUUCAACUCAUAUGUUACAUGCUAUCAUCGAAAAUCCAGCAACAUUAACUGAGGCGCUGAAAUCAAGUGAGGCUGUACAUUGGCGAAAAGCAAUGGAACUUGAACAUGACACGUUGAUGAAGAAUAACACAUGGGAGCUUGUGGAGAAACCAUCAAAUAAAAACGUGAUAGGCUGCAAAUGGGUGUUUGCUGUGAAGAGGAAUCAGGAGGGAGUCGUCGAACGCUACAAAGCGAGGCUGGUCGCCAAUGGGUGUGCACAAAAGAUAAAUGUUGACAUCACGGAUACAUAUGCACCUGUGGUGAGGCAUUCGACAGUUCGCAUAUUAUUGGCGUUAGCAGCAAAAUACAAGCUAUUGGUGAAUCACGUUGACAUUGCCGCUGCAUAUUUGAACGGUGAAUUAACUGACGAAAUCUACAUGAAACAACCGCCUAUGUUUGGGGACAAACGAAACGGCGACUUGGUUUGUAGAAUCAAAAAAUCAAUCUACGGCCUAAAACAAGCGGGCAGAGAGUGGAAUAAAAAGGUUACCGAUAUCUUGCUAACAAUGGGAUGCUUACGUUGCAAAGCUGAUACCUGUGUUUACAUCAAGAGAGCCGGAAGCAACAUAAAUUUAAUUGGCCUGUACGUUGAUGAUAUGCUGUUGGCGUGCUCAUCGGAGAAGUAUGUUACAUGCGGAAAAUCGGAGAAGUACAUGCGCACAUCAUAG